ACUGGUUUAUGCUUUGUCAUCUCUUAUACUCAGGAGGAGCUAGGGUCAGGGCCGGAGGGAGGCAAUGACUAAUUCAUCACCCAAGCACCUGAGGAAAGUAGUCUUGUGUUUUAUUUCCGGCAUGCACAAAAAUUCAAGGAUGACGUAGUCUCCGACCAACAAACACCCAGAAAUGAAAGUUAAAGAGAGAAAACAAAGUACAGGCAUUUGAAGACUCCAUACAUUUUGGGAGGGUAGGGGAGGAAAAAACGAGCUUGGAUUCCACUCCUGGGUUGAUGCAACAUAUAAUCUAAAACAGGCGCUCAGGUUGAUAACUGUGCCCAGAUCCGAUCCCCGGCACACAAGAGCACAACCUUUAAAAAGAAAAAAGAAAAAGAAAAGAAAAUAGGCGUAUAUCUUUAAAGCCUGUCUUCUUAACGUGUGAUAUUUUUGUACUCCUUCGGAGGAGGGUGCAGACCUAGGGCCUUCCUAUCCAGAGAAGGCUUUUCCCCCCACCCCUCCCUGUCUUGGGGAUUAUUGAUUGGGAAGGCGAGGCUAAUUUACAUGUAAAUAAAUCUCGGUGCUGGGCAGCGGGACGGGACGUCCAGAUGCCGUGACUGACUUGCUGACGUCACGGCUUCAUUAGCAUGCGGAGGAUGCGGGCACUGCAACAGCGACUUCUCCGGCACCACCAGCCUCUCCAACCACAGUUAUUAUUAUUUUUUUUGGCCGAGCUCUACAGUUCGUGGUUCGGCGUCUUGGGCUCCUCGACCAGCUGACUGGUCGCCCCGGGUCUGGCUCGGGAUCAGUUGGUGACGCUGAAGCUGGGGUCUGUGACUUCCUGCGGAUUGAGAGGCUGGGUUCGCAGAAAGGCAGUCGGAUCCAGAGGAAGGGUAGAAGUCACACUUUUUUUUCCCCCCUUGCGCGGUGGGUGCCCAGCAGGGUCUCCAUCCAGCAGUGCUGUUUUCCACCAGCGCAUGCAGAGCCGCUCCGCCUUGAGCCUGCCUCUGGCUUCGGGAAGGGUCUAGAUUUUAAGAAGGGUUUCCAGAAGAAGAUGCUUUGGCUGCCUGUGGUCCUGCUUGCGUUCUUAGAAGCCAGACCUGGGGAGAAAGUGAACUGUGGCAACUGACAAGCUCAGAGGGUCUGGUGGAACCUUCCCCCACCCCUGAAACUGGGCAUUUUAUCCUCCCUGGAGGUAGGAAGAUCUGCCUGCACUGCAAGUGCCCUCAGGAGGAGCACAUGGUGACAGUGAUGCCCCUAGAGAUGGAGAAGACUGUCAGCAAACUCAUGUUUGACUUCCAGAGGAACUCCACGUCAGACGACGACUCGGGCUGCGCCUUGGAGGAGUAUGCCUGGAUCCCACCGGGACUGAAGCCUGAACAGGUUCAUCAGUACUACAGCUGUCUCCCAGAAGAGAAGGUUCCCUAUGUCAACAGCCCCGGAGAGAAGCUUCGAAUCAAGCAGCUACUACACCAGCUGCCGCCGCAUGACAAUGAGGUUCGAUACUGCAACUCGCUGGAUGAGGAAGAGAAGAGGGAGCUGAAGCUCUUCAGCAACCAGAGGAAACGCGAAAACUUGGGCCGCGGGAAUGUCAGGCCCUUCCCCGUCACGAUGACGGGGGCCAUCUGUGAACAGUGCGGAGGCCAGAUUAAUGGCGGGGACAUCGCCGUGUUUGCGUCGCGCGCCGGCCACGGUGUCUGCUGGCACCCGCCGUGUUUCAUCUGCACCGUCUGCAACGAGCUGCUGGUGGAUCUGAUCUACUUUUACCAAGACGGGAAGAUCUACUGUGGCCGGCACCACGCUGAGUGCCUGAAGCCACGCUGCGCAGCCUGCGACGAGAUCAUUUUUGCAGACGAAUGCACAGAAGCUGAGGGGCGGCACUGGCACAUGAAACACUUCUGCUGCUUCGAGUGCGAGACGGUGCUUGGCGGCCAGCGCUACAUCAUGAAGGAGGGAAGGCCCUACUGUUGCCACUGCUUCGAGUCCUUGUAUGCAGAAUAUUGCGACACCUGUGCCCAGCACAUAGGGAUCGACCAAGGUCAGAUGACCUAUGACGGCCAACACUGGCAUGCCACUGAGACCUGUUUCUGCUGUGCUCACUGUAAGAAAUCCCUCCUGGGGCGGCCCUUCCUCCCAAAGCAGGGCCAGAUAUUCUGCUCACGGGCCUGCAGUGCCGGGGAGGACCCCAAUGGCUCUGACUCAUCCGAUUCGGCCUUUCAGAACGCCAGGGCUAAGGAGUCCCGGCGCAGUGCCAAAAUCGGCAAGAACAAGGGCAAGACGGAGGAGCCCAUGCUAAACCAGCACAGCCAGCUGCAGGUGAGUUCCAACCGACUAUCGGCCGACGUGGACCCCCUGUCACUACAGAUGGACAUGCUCAGCCUGUCCAGCCAGACGCCCAGCCUCAACCGGGACCCCAUUUGGCGGAGCCGGGACGAGCCCUACCAUUACGGGAACAAGAUGGAGCAGAACCAGUCCCAGAGUCCCCUGCAGCUUCUCAGCCAGUGCAACAUCAGAACUUCCUACAGUCCGGGAGGGCAGGGGGCCGGGGCCCAGCCCGACAUGUGGGCCAAGCACUUCAGCAACCCCAAAAGGAGCUCAUCACUGGCCAUGAAGGGGCACGGUGGCAGCUUCAUGAAGGAAUGCCGAGAGGACUAUUACCCGGGAAGGCUGAGAUCCCAGGAGAGCUACAGCGAUAUGUCGAGUCAGAGCUUUAGUGAGACCCGAGGCAACAUCCCAGUAGCCAAAUACGAGGAGGAGGAGGAGGAGGAGGAAGGGGGCAUAGCCACUCAGCAGUGUCGGACCCGCCAUCCCAUCAGUUCCCUGAAGUACACCGAGAACAUGACACCUACAGAGCAGACCCCUCCGGGCUCCAUGGAGUCACUGGCCCUGUCUAAUGCAACAGGCCUGUCCGCAGAUGGUGGGGCCAAGCGCCAGGAGCACCUCUCCCGGUUUUCCAUGCCUGACCUCAGCAAAGACUCUGGAAUGAAUGUCUCCGAGAAGCUGAGCAACAUGGGCACGCUUAACUCGUCCAUGCAGUUCCGGAGCGCAGAGUCGGUUCGCAGCCUGCUCUCUGCCCAGCAGUACCAGGAGAUGGAGGGAAACCUCCAUCAGCUCGGCAACCCCAUUGGGUACAGAGACCUGCAGUCCCACGGCAGGCUGCAUCAGAGCUUUGAUUUUGAUGGGGGGAUGGCCAGCAGCAAGCUGCCAGGGCAGGAGGGCAUGAGGAUCCAGCCCAUGAGCGAACGCACGCGGAGGAGAAGUACCUCCCGCGACGAUGGUCGCCGCUUCCGACCUCACCGCUCCAGGCGUUCCCGGCGCUCUCGCUCGGACAACGCCCUGCACCUGGCCAGCGAACGCGAGGCCAUCUCUCGGUUAAAAGAAAGGCCCCCGCUCCGAGCCAGGGAGGACUACGACCAGUUCAUGCGCCAGCGGAGCUUCCAGGAGAGCCUGGGCCAAGGGUCCCGAAGGGACCUGUACGGCCAGUGCCCGAGAACGGUGUCAGACCUGGCUCUGCAGAAUGCCUUCGGGGAGCGCUGGGGACCCUACUUCGCCGAGUACGAUUGGUGUUCUACCUGCUCCUCCUCUUCGGAGUCCGACAACGAGGGCUAUUUCCUAGGAGAACCCAUCCCCCAGCCCGCCCGCCUGCGAUACGUCACGAGCGAUGAGCUGUUGCACAAAUACAGCUCCUAUGGGCUCCCCAAGUCUUCCACAUUAGGGGGCAGGGGACAGUUGCACAGCAGGAAAAGACAAAAGAGCAAAAACUGCAUCAUUUCCUAAUAGGCUUGGGGUCAGGGAAUGGGGGAAGAUGGGAGCUAAGAAUGUACAUUCAGAAACUUGCACUGUUUUCCAUUGUAAAGCGCUUUCGGGGUGGUGGCUAGAGGAGAAGAGGGAAAUGCUGGCCGUGGUGGAGGCAAGGUUAUAGACUGACUCAAUAGGUAGUCCCAGUUCUCGGCAUGUUGACUAUUAUUUGCACAUUUCACUUUGGAAACGCUAUAGACUCUGGAGGCCAGGGUUGGUCCCCUCCUUCCCGUCAGUCUGUGUUGAGUCGCCUUUCGCAAGAUGGCAAACUGUUUCCCGCUCGCUUAUAUCCUCUCUGGUUCUCUUACUUUUAGGACCCUUUUUCCAGUAAGUAAUUUGUUUAUUAGCCAGGACCCAAGACUAAGUUAUUUACAUGUCCAUUGUAAAUGCAAUGUAAAUGAGAGUUCUGAUAAAAUAUUUUUGUAUUUUGUAAUAUCAAAGGAAUUUCUAUAUCGUAGGACUCAGUGGAAAUUUGCAUGCACGCCCAGCGUUGUCUUUGAGUAGUACAUUCAGAGGCGGUCCAGGACCACCUUUUUUUUUUUUUUUUUUUUUUUAUACAAAUUUGUUACAUGUCAGUGAGACCUUUUUCAAAGGAGUUUAUUCAAUUUGACGUUUUGUGGCUGAAAAAAAAAAUUAACCAUUAUCACCCAAAGUAUUUUAUGCUCCAUUAUACCUUAAGGAGACAUCCUUAAGUCUGCUCCCGCCCUUGGUAGAAUUUCUUCUCUACAAAGUGAUAGUAAUUUUUUUUUUUUUAAUUGCAAACGUAACUUUUGCCAAUUAGAGAAACCAACCAGUGUCCGUAAACUCCCGUGAGCAACGCCGUCCCUGCUGGGAACAUUGAAGUUGCUUGCUGUUGAUCUGUCCCUUGGGGAAAAUGAAAGUGACUGUGAGUGGUACCCGUCGUGUGAUGUCAGCAUGACGUUGUUUUGAAUGUGGCAUUAUUUUCUGGUGCUCAUGUUUCCUGGAUUAUAUUAUCUGCUUUCCUUUACCAAGGCAGACAGAACAGCUGCCUUAGCCUGACAACCGGUUGUCCUCAGUGCAAAUGAACUUAAGCAAUAGACAUGUAGAAGGUCCUGCGGGGCUCUGGGAAGGACGGGGUGUUCUAGAUCGUACGUCAUGCGUGGAGAAGGAACAAGGGAAUUCGAAAGCAGAAAGCAGGUCAAGGGUAGAGACUGAAGGGGCAUAUGAAGGAAGGUCAGAGUAAAGAAGAGCUUCGGGAAAUGAAGUAGAGUGGGAGGUGACCGCUACCUUGAAUAACCACCCCCCCCCCACCCAGUGCUUGCAGAAAGAAUCCAGUUUAACACGCCCCGUAACCAGAGUGUCUGGGUAACCCAGGAAAGGGAGCAGCUUGGGAGAUUUCAGGGUGAUGGCUUUGAAGAGCAGAUGCUGUUCAAAGGGGGAUUUCCGUGUUGAACUUUGGGGACUGUUGGUCAGACAGAAAUUGGGCUCAAAAGUGAGUUUGCUUGAAGAAGACAUUUAACGGUUGUGUUGUUUAUAGUAAAAUAAAACUUCCUACCUUGCUUCAGUUCACAAUGAAGCCCUUGCUUUCUCUUCCAUUCUCCUCCUCCCUUGAAUGGAUUGUAGCAGUUGAAAUAAUCCAUCGGAGGACCCUCCUUUAGUAAGAUGUACUGUUGAUGUAGUACACGGUGUAACUCAGUGGCCAUCUGCCGUGGUGAGGUGAGCGUGGUCUCUUUUCAGUAUAGUAGUUAAUAUUUUCUAGUAUUUUUUUUAUGGAGAGAAUGUGAGAUGUGGCUUUUCAGACACCAUCCCAAAUGGGUCUGGGGAAAAGAAGGCUGUAAAGGACGUGGAAAUGGCACUCCAUUCAGGAUGUAUUAAAAUAAUUUGCUUUUCAGGUAUUAAUAUGACAUUUGUCAUUGUCACUGAUUUAAAAAAAAAAAAAGCAAUGCAAAUGUUGGUUGUGGCUGUUUUCCGCAUGCUAUCUUCAUAUCUAAAUGCUUCAUUACUUAUCCAAGCCUCCGGAGAAUUAACUCUAUUACGUUUGUAUAGUAAGUUUGUAAACUGCUUGGCAAAACUGAUUAAGAAACAAUGUGCAACACCAUGCUACUGAAGUGGCAGGUUUCUGGUAGAAAUCGGGCGAGUCCAAUUUGGAGUUUGGAGUUCCUUGAUUGAUGAGAAUGAAAAGGCAUUUUGGAAAAAGAAAAGAGAGACAAAAGUAGAUCGCUUAACAUAGCAAACAGCUGAAAAUCAUGUCUGUCCUCUGUGGCCUGGAAUCCAAUGAAAGAAAUUCUCCUGGUAAAAGCUGCUUUCUAAAUCCAUCCUCUCCAGAAGUACCCCCUUACUUUCCCCCCAUGAGGCUUGAGGCACCCUCCGCAGGAAGAAGAGGGUGGCCUGAAAUCGACCCGUAGCCACAUCCCAUGAAGGGGGUGGGAGGACUAAGCGAUUUCAGAGCUAGCUGCCCAGGGGGCGUCCGGCAGCUCAACUGGCCAGAGCAUGAAAUAUACUGAGAUGGAAGCCUCAGGGUCACACUGUUUCUAACCAAGGUCACUUCCGUGUGUUCCAUUGCGGCUUCUCCCCACCCCACACGCAGCCAGGCGCCUUUCAGACGAUGCCCACGAGGCUGGUUAAAUCAUCACAAAGGUGAUGGGACCUCCAAGUGAAUGCCCCGGAGAGAGCAAGAUGUCAUGGUCGUAGGAAUCCUACCUGUUCGUGAUGACUUACACCUAACAUCACAGAACUCCGUUCCUGAAAACUCAAUGUGUUCUCUUUGGAGGCAAGAACUUGGGAUCCUCAACUUAUCCCUCUGUCAUAACCAUGAGCUCUUCCUCGUCAAGUUUUGCCUGUGAGUGGGGCUUACACUCACCUCUUCCUAGAUCUCCUUGCAUCUUUGAUAGACCGUUCCAGAAAAGUAAUUUUUCCUAGUUCCCUCUCAUCUCUAAUACCUUGGGUUUGCUUUUUCUACCUCUCUUCAUAUAGGUCCUCUUGGCUUUUGGUGAAAAUGACCACUUUGGUUUUCAGGUCGUUUCUUAUCGCUGCUCAACUCAGUGGCAACAGAACGGGCUCUUUUCCAGGAAGAAGUAGCCAUUGACGGUUUCCUGAAUGCCCCUGCCAAUACAUAUGACCCUCGAUACUGUGAAAGAUUUUUUAGCAGCCUGGUGGCAUGGAGGGUGGCGUUUAGGUACCCUUCCUUCUGUCCUAUAGUUCCGUGAAGGUGAAUGAGGUGAGGGAAAGCAGUACCAUGCUCCCAGGUCCUGCGCAGGUUCAAGGCAGGUAGAGUUGUUGGAUUGUUGUUGGUUGUUGGUUCUUUCUACAUUCACCUUCUCAUCACUAGUCCUUCCCUUCUGUCCUCAGCCAGCCCAGUGAACAAGCAGUUUUGUCUUUCCAGGAGGGGACCACAAGACAGCUCUUGCUCUUUCUCUCUCCCCAUUCUGUAGGAUGCUUUUGCACUGCAGCAAACUGUAUUUCCUUCUCCUGCGGUGGUUUUCCACUUCUUGGGUCCCCCUCACCAUCGCUGAGUUCAGGUGCGGCCAACGAUGACACAGACAUAGCACACGCUCUCCCAUUCCUGCAGCGCGGCUGGUAAAGCCAGUGAAUCUCACCACACUCUCCCAGGGAGCGUGGAUGCAGUCUCAGAAAUCUUUGUGACGCUCCAAGCACCCAGGAUCAGUGGGUUAGAACUGAGGUCAUUUGAUAACAAAUCUCAUUUGGGAACUGAUUUUUAUCUGUCUUUCCAUCAUUUGCCGUUGGCCCCAAAUGGCACACCAACCUUGUAGGAAGCAUCAUUCGUAAAUGACUGUGAGAGCCCCCAAUUCCUUUGUGGAUGCUAAAAGUGGAGGCUGACUUCUUAAAGCAAAACAAAGACAAAUCCCUUGGGCCUCCUUCUGCAUUCCCAUGUUCUUGGCCAAUUAUUACAAGCAGCCUUCUGUUCAUCGUUUUGCAGAGGUCAGAUAAGAGGCCAUCUUAUUCUUCGUCUAAUCCCACCUUCUAACCAGAAAUAACACAAAUAUUUAAAUUCCAAGGAGAAGUGCUCUUUGUGUGUUUCUGUCUAACAGAAACCAGAUGCUAAUGCCUAAGACAGAGGAUCUAUCUAUGACCAGAGGAGAGUGGGAAAUGAAACCAGUUAUCUAUUUCAUGCCAGAAGAGUUGCUGUUAGCAACCGUUUAGCACCUUCAAGGCUUUGAAAUGGGCUCUACGGACAGCCUUCCAGCUGUAGGACUCAGCAAAACCUCCUGAUUUUGAAGGCGGCUUCAGAUUGCCGCCUUUUGAGGUACAUCUCUCAAAGCACAAGGGAAGUAGAAAUGAAGCCAGCUUUGCCUCGCCUCCAGUGCUGGGUCCCUUGGGGCCAUCAGCAGACACUGGGGCUUGUCUUGUCUGGCCACUUGGAAGCAGUUGUCAAGGUUAGGACCAAGAAAGGAUUGGAUUCCUUUUCCAUUUUCUCAUAACAGUAGCCCAGUCAACACAAGACUGCCAUAAACCAUGACUCACUGUUGGGAGCGAUACUCUUUUAUAAGCUUACUUCCUGCUGACAAAGCUAGCUUUCCCCAAGGGGAAUUUAAAAAGGAGGGAGCAAAGUCACAUCGUGUAGGAAAACAUUUCUGGUGAUUGAGAUAUGAUGAAUCUGAAGGAUAGAAAAAAGAAUUGUUCUAUCCUGGCAGUUUUCAGAGACAUCCCUUCACCCUACUGGGCAUUUGGCCAUCCGUGUUCAAUAGGUCACUGACCCACCUUUUUAAGAUUUUUUGGAGAGAGUUACCCACUAGUAAGGUCUGUUCUCCAGCCUCUGGUUAAUACUCCCGUGUUUCCCUAAAGCAUUUUGGUUCUACGAUGGGCCCUGACUUAACAUUCUAAGGUCUACAAGUCCUUCAUUUUCCUUAGGAAAUAAGGACUUUGACAGUUUUCCCUCUCCUAAACACAUUCUUUCCUGCACAGGAUUGCUUUGCCCAUCUCGUGCUUUAACUCCAAGUGCAUAAACAAAACCUCAGAGGGUCUGAGAAGGUGAGGCAGGCCAGACUCUGUGUUGUUUGUCGAGUGUCAAGCUUUUUGUAAAGAAGGUCUGCAACGGGCCUUUGGUGUGGGCUCUGCCAGAGACUGUUGUGAACACUUUGCUUGAGAUCCGUGCCCUGUAAAAUGGAUAUGUUUUACUGAUGUCUGUAAUACAUUUGUAAACUUCCAAUAAAAUUUGAAUAAAAGAAAUGUUGCCAAUCUUCUCA